UGAAGAGGGAAAAAACACUGGAGCAAGACAUGUAGAAGAUGAAAAAUUGCGACAGAGGGAAGGAUAUCCGGAGUCUAAUGCUAGAUUUCAGGACAGGAGAAGAGAAGUGGGUGAUUUACGGGACAAAAGAGAAAGGCAAAAAAAAGAAAAGCUGAGGCCUAACAUGGCAGAGAGUGAGGGCAAGAUGCCUUCCCCACGCAGGUAUAGAGACAGAGAGAUCUACUCAGAUAGCAAGGAAAGACAAGAGGUCCAGCGGAGAGAAGGAAAGAGGGACACGAAGAGUGAAGGAGACGGUGAUGAGAGAGAGUUGAGGAGGGAAAGGGUGAGGGACAAAGAGAGGGAGGAUUUGAUGUAUAAACACAGCAGAAGUGAGGGGGACAACAAGGGCAAAAGAGCAAAGGAGAGAGAUCAAGAUGGACAGGGACACAGGGAGGACAAACAGAGAAACAGGGGCAGAGAAAUAGAAGUGGAUAGAUCCAGGAAGAGGGGAGUGGAGAAAGAAAGGGGGAGAUAUCGAGAGGCUGACAGGAGAGCUGCUAGAGAGGCAGACAGGGGAGGGGAAACAUGGAAGGAAAGUAGAGAAGACUUGAAGGAUGACAGAAGUGAGGAUGACAAAUACAAAGAAUAUAAGCAGAGAAGAGACAGGGAAAUAAAGGAAAGAGAGGCUGAUCCUAGGUGGGAUAAUACAACAGGGAGAAGCAGCCGAUUCUUGAAUGAGACAGCUCCUAGGGUGCCACGACAGACCCUGAGCAGUGGGGAGUGGAGCAGCGACAUAGACACUGAGAUGAGACAUAGGAGCAGACACAGUUACGAAGAGAGAGAAUCAGGGAGAGAAGGUGCUACUGCAGAUGAAAGAGAUGUAGAACAGAGAGAUCCAGAGAGAACUGCUGAAAGAAGUCAAAGGGCGCAAAAGAGAAGCGAGAGACAAGAGAGAGAUACAGGAGAAACGACAGGCAGCUUGUCAGCACAAAGGAGGAUGUGGUUAGAACCACAGAGGGGCAAGAAUAGUAAAGAAGAAUUUGUAAACAGAGAGAUACACACAAGGGGGAAAGAGAGGAAGAGAGAAGAAGAGACAGGCAUAGAGUCACAGGGCCAGUGGGAAAGAGAGGGGCGGCGAGUAAAAGAGGAACCAAAUGAGACGUAUUCAGACCAAAGCAGUUACAGAGGAAAACAUGGAGGGAGAAACGAGUACAGGAGAGAUGUUGAAGAGAAGACAGAGGGUGUAAGUGUAGAUGGAGAGGAGGUGGGGGAGGUCUGGAGAGAGACAGAUAAUGGAGGGAAGGAACAGCUGUCUGACAAUGAUGAAGGGAUAGAGGGGAGCCAGCAAAGGGAUGCAGAGGGAGAGAAUGUGACAGAUAACAUAGAGGAUGGUGACAGAGAGGAAGAGGGUGGGACUGGUUAUUUUCGCUUCGAGAGCGAAGGAGGAAGCGAGACAGGGUGGAAGCACGACAAAGACAGAAUGCUGUCAGGAGAGGAUGACUUUUUGACUUUGUCCAGUGGCGGAGAUGAGGACGAUGAAGAUGAGAAGUUUGAGGACUGUCAGGAGUUCUGGGAAGGAGGACUUGCCUAUGACGAUGCCUCACCUGUUGGCUUCAGUGGGUGUGAGGGAGGCAAAGAGUGGGAUAAAGACUUGACAACGGAGAAGGAGGAGACCGUUGAUAAAGAGGAACCAGGCAGGGAAAAGCAGCCAAAAUACGUCUUCUGUGUAAUUGGGCAAACUUUGCCUCGGUCACAUCACGAUGAUAUGUCACCGUCACAAGCUGAUGAGAUGGGAAGUGUGGAAAGAGACAACUCGAUUUCAGAACGGUGUCAUCACUACAGUGAUGACACAGCACAGCAAUCUCAGGAUGACAUGCAUCCAUCACUGUUUAGAAAUGACGAAUACCCAGCCAUCAACAACCGAGAGACAGAGCUUCAAGACACAGAGACGAGGGAGGGACUGAGGAGCCAAGUGGAGCUCCCAUGUGCUGAAAUAUUGCAGAUUAGAAGAGAAUCACAGACUGAAAAACUCCUCAUAGAGUGGAGGGAGAAAAAUAAAGAACUAGCAGAUGCAGAAAGGAAGCAACCUUCUCCAGUACCCAGUAGUGCCCAUAUUUGUUCUGAGGUGAAUUUUGAACAAAUUCAAUCAAUUGUAGAUGGGUUAAACAGUGGAGCAAUAAGUCCAGAAGAAAUUGAGGCCAUUCGGAUCCAAAUGAGCACGGCAUGGAGCUUGUCCGAUGAGCCUAAGAGGCAUUCCCAAGCCCCCCACCUUAAAUGGGCCAAAAAUGUGGUGUGCAAGAUCCUGGGACACUCACAAGAACAGACUGUGAAUAAACCUAACUCUCAGCUACAAGGAGACCAAGGGGUCAAUGAGACUGAGACAGCAAUCAAGAAUGGCAAAGAACAGGAGGUGCUUGCACAAGGGACUAAAGAGAUUCCUGUUGUUAAGCUGACAACGAAUGAACACGCAGAGUCAGAGCUGGAGGAGGACGUUCCAUUGGAGGUGGAGGGAUUGAGAGGUAUGGGGCAGAGCCAAGGUGACAUGCAUGCUGACCAGUUCACAACUAUGCAUGGUGACACACCUACACACACUCUUGCUGAGACACAGUUAGACAGAGAAGGGGUGGAGGAUAACGGUAUGGAGAGAGAGAUUGAACCUUCUGGUCAUCUUCAGUUAGAAAAGGCAGAUAGAGAAAUGAAAAUUACUCAAGAGGGAGGUGAUGGUGAGGUCAUGGUAUUGGAAAUAGAAAAAGAAGAACACAGAGAAACGGAAAUGGAGUUGUGUUUACCUGAGAGCAACAUGCUGUACAAGCAUAACAGCUGCCCCAUUCUUAAUUAUGAAUCAGAUUCUGACCUCCCCGUCCCCUUCAGCGAGAGUAAGAAGCAGGAGGUGGAAGACGGAAUGGGUGAAAGUGAAGAAGAAAUGCCGGAAAAGGAGCCUGAGGAGAUGGGCACCACAGAGGAGGUGGGAAAGACGAGAGUUGAAGAAGCAGUUGAGGUGGAAGGCAGAGGAGAGGUGAUGGCAGAGGGAAAAAUAGAAGGAGGGACUCAGAUGAUUGACAGUUUCCGAGAUUUGGGCCCUGAGGCUCGAAUGCGAAGAAGGGGAAUCCGUAAAACCACAGAAAGAAGGAACGGAGAACUUUUCGAAGUGAAAGAAGAGGAAGGUGUUGCACGGGAUCGAAGAACGAGAAUAUUCUCUCUAACAGAUGACGAGGAUGAUAGCAGCAGAAGCCUGGGAGGAGUGGAGCUGAGGAAUGUUUUAGACACACUUCAGAGACAUAAAAGGAAAUCAAAGUUUUUCAAUGCUACUCAGCUCUACCAGCAGUACAAUGAGGCAGCACAGAACUUUGAGAUCCUGUCUCAGUCUAGGUCUGAUGUCCUCCAUGUGCGUGAAGGCGGUACUUCGUCACCUGCUCCCUCACCACCACCUGCCCGCAGACCUCUUCCUGCCCUGCCUCCUGUCCUGCACCCCCACUCGUUUUUCCAGACAGGGUCCAUCACCAGUAUCCAAAGCUUGCCUCUCCCAGAGCCCCCCAAGAGUGAGGGCAGGUCACCCUCUCCUCGCCUUUCCAUCUCACUCACACAGUCGGCCACACUGUGGAGGGACCUACCGGGGGUUAGGAACAGCCAUGAGCUGGAGGAGCUCACAGAGGACCAGAUGCGACUACAGGAGGUGAGAUUUGAAGUAGUAACCUCUGAAGCUUCCUACCGCCGGAGUUUAGAUAUUGUUGUUGAACACUUUGUCAAGUCCAAACAGCUGGGGGCGUUACUGACCACUAAAGAUAGAAACUGGCUGUUUUCCCGACUGACGGACGUUCGUGCCGUCAGCCACAGGAAUGAGAAUCCAAGGUUCAGGCGGAUUGUGGAGAAAUUAGAGGCGAGUCCUGUUUGUCAGAGACUUCCACUUCGUUCCUUCCUUGUCCUUCCCUUCCAAAGGAUCACAAGAUUGAAGCUGCUGGUCCAGAAUAUUGUGAAGAGAACAACUCCAGGGACUGCAGAGGCAACGCAGGCCAUCAAGGCAUUGAAACUUCUGGAGAAGCUGAUUCAAGAGAGUAAUGACAGUAUCUCUCAGAUGAAAAACAUUGAGUCCUUGGUCACUCUUAGUGCUAGGGUGGACUUUGAGUGCAGGGUAAGUAAUGACAACCAGUGA